CAGGAAGUUGUAGCAGCUGCCAUGUUUAGCUGCUUUGUUGUAGAUUUCUUGUAGGUUUCCUGCAGGUUUUUUUAAGUGUUGCAAUGGAACCGAGUUGGAGUACAUUUUUAUUUCAGCAGGCCAACGAGGCUCUGCACCACCAGCACCAGGUGGCUCAAAACAGCCUUCUCCCUCUUCUCAACUCCGGUGCCGACCCGCCGGACCAGAAGCCCGUGCUGCCCAUCCCCCUGGACCAGAAGCCUCCAGUCAGCAUCGCCGAACUGCUGAAGGACAACGUGGCCAGCGGGACUGGGGGCGUGGGUCACGUGGGCCCUGUCGUCGUGAAGAAGGAGCCCAAGAGCAAGACGCCAUUCAUCUGCGGAUACUGUAACAAGGCCUUCCGAGAUAGCUACCACCUUCGGCGUCAUGAGUCCUGUCACACGGGCGUGAAGAUGGUGUCACGGCCCAAGAAGGUGCAGACCGCGCCCACCAUGGUGCCCCUGGUGUCCACCGUGUCCCGCGAGGGCGCUGCCAAUUCUUCUUACAUCUCCACGAUCGCCGGUAUUCUCACCACGGCCACCACCUCCUCUUCGUCCGCCUCGGCCGGCCCCGGCAUCAUGUCCGCCGCCGCCCUGUCCGGCGUGCCGCAGCAGAGCGCCCCGAAGAAGCCGCCGAAACCGGUGAAGAAGAACCAUGGUUGUGACAUGUGCGGCAAGGCCUUCCGCGACGUCUACCACCUGAACCGCCACAAGCUGUCUCACUCGGACGAGAAGCCCUUCGAGUGCCCCAUCUGCCAGCAGCGCUUCAAGCGGAAGGAUCGCAUGACGUACCACGUGCGCUCGCACGACGGCGACGUCAACAAGCCGUACGUCUGCUCCGUGUGUGGGAAGGGCUUCUCCAGGCCGGAUCAUCUCAGCUGUCACGUGAAGCACGUUCAUUCUACAGAAAGACCCUUCAGAUGCCAAGUAACGGCCUGCACGGCCGCAUUCGCCACCAAAGACCGCCUGCGCUCUCACAUGAUCCGGCACGAGGGCAAGGUCACGUGCAACGUCUGCGGCAAGAUGCUGAGCGCCGCCUACAUCACCAGCCACCUGAAGACGCACGGCCAGACCGGCUUCAACGUCUCCUGUAACAAAGGCCUAGGAGACUGGAAGUGGAGUUCAUCAGGGUCAGCAAAAGAUUCGAACGAGGUGUGCAACUCUGCAGCGGCCACGCCUGUCACAGACUCGGUGGCCAACAGCACGGCGAUGAACCGCGGCAAUCCCAGCAACCCCGUCACCAUCGCGGCGCAGAUGAACAUCGCCACCAACACCGUCAACAUCACGUCGCCAGUGAACCUGCAGCACCCGGUGACCAUCACGGCUCCGGUCAAUAUCGCCUCGGUCAACAUCCCCGCCACCGCGCCCAUGAACAUCGCCCACCCGGUAGCCAUCACCACACCAAUGCCCAUGAACAUCACCACCCCCCUCAACAUCGCCAUGAGGUCUAUGGAGAGCAUGCCUUUUCUUUCCCAAGUCUUGCCUUCUUCCCCUCCCUGGUAAACCCCCACUUCCCCAAGUCAUCCACACUCACUCCCCUAACUCUCUUACCUAAAAAAAAACACUCCUUUCCUUCUCUACACCUGUGCCCCCCCCCCCUUACAGGGCUUCCCAUUUUAGCCCAUAUAGUGAUGUUUACUCUGCAGGAAGCAACUUAGGAAUCUGCAUUUUUCUGGCCUGGCUGCGUGAACAAGAGUGUUUCAGUGUCAGCAGUAGGAGGUCCAGUUAGGAGAUGCGGUAGGCAUCUGCAGCCCCCCCCCCCCCUCUUUUCUCUCCCAUCCCACCCUCUUAAUUCUCAUACACACCUGACCCCCCC